UGGACCGUUUUAGCACCACGCCGGCGGGAGGUAGCUAGCGGCCAGGACUGCAUGCCCGCGCCCGCCAGGUGAUCGCUCCGCCGCCGACCGGGGCCCCCAGCGCGCCACACAAGGAGUCUGCAUGUCUAGCGCGUAGACAUGCUCAGCUUUGUGGACACGCGGACCGUGCUGCUGCUCGCAGUGGCGUCGUGCCUAGCCACCUGCCAGUCUUUACAAGAGGAAACUGCAAGAAGGGGCCCAGCUGGAGAUAGAGGACCACGUGGAGAAAGGGGUCCACCAGGCCCCCCAGGCAGAGAUGGUGAUAAUGGUCCCAACGGCCCUCCCGGCCCACCAGGGCCUCCUGGACCUCCUGGCCUCGGCGGGAACUUUGCUGCUCAGUUUGAUGGAAAAGGAGGUGGCCCUGGACCCAUGGGUUUAAUGGGACCUAGAGGCCCUCCUGGUGCAGCUGGUGCCCCUGGACCUCAAGGUUUCCAAGGACCUGCUGGUGAGCCUGGUGAACCCGGUCAGACUGGCCCGGCAGGAGCUCGUGGUCCACCUGGACCCCCUGGCAAGGCUGGUGAGGAUGGUCACCCCGGAAAACCUGGAAGACCUGGUGAGAGAGGAGUUGUUGGACCACAGGGUGCUCGUGGCUUCCCUGGAACCCCUGGACUUCCUGGCUUCAAGGGCAUUAGGGGACACAACGGUCUGGAUGGAUUGAAAGGACAGCCUGGUGCUCCUGGUGUGAAGGGUGAGCCUGGUGCCCCUGGUGAAAAUGGAACUCCAGGGCAAACAGGAGCCCGGGGCCUUCCGGGUGAGCGAGGACGUGUCGGUGCUCCUGGCCCAGCUGGUGCUCGUGGCAGUGAUGGCAGUGUCGGUCCCGUGGGCCCUGCUGGUCCUAUUGGGUCUGCUGGCCCUCCCGGCUUCCCAGGCGCCCCUGGUCCCAAGGGUGAAAUCGGACCUGUUGGUAACCCUGGUCCCUCUGGCCCUGCGGGUCCCCGUGGUGAAGUGGGUCUUCCAGGUGUUUCUGGCCCCGUUGGACCCCCUGGUAACCCUGGAGCAAACGGCCUCACUGGUGCUAAGGGUGCAGCUGGCCUUCCCGGUGUUGCUGGGGCUCCUGGUCUCCCUGGACCCCGUGGUAUUCCUGGCCCUGUCGGUGCUGCUGGUGCUACCGGUGCCCGCGGACUUGUUGGUGAGCCUGGCCCAGCUGGCACCAAGGGAGAGAGCGGUAACAAGGGCGAGCCUGGCUCUGCUGGACCCCAAGGACCCCCUGGUCCCAGUGGAGAAGAAGGAAAGAGAGGUUCCCCUGGCGAGCCUGGCUCUGCUGGCCCUGCAGGACCUCCUGGCCUGAGAGGUAGCCCUGGUUCCCGCGGUCUUCCUGGAGCUGACGGCAGAGCUGGUGUCAUGGGGCCUCCUGGUAAUCGUGGUUCCACUGGCCCUGCUGGAGUCCGAGGCCCCAAUGGAGAUUCUGGUCGCCCUGGUGAGCCUGGUCUCAUGGGACCCCGAGGUCUCCCUGGAUCCCCUGGAAAUGUUGGCCCAGCCGGUAAAGAAGGCCCUGUCGGCCUCCCUGGUAUUGACGGCAGGCCUGGCCCAAUUGGCCCUGCUGGAGCAAGAGGAGAGCCUGGUAACAUCGGAUUCCCUGGACCCAAAGGCCCCACCGGUGAUCCUGGCAAAAAUGGUGACAAAGGUCAUCCUGGUCUUGCUGGUGCUCGGGGUGCUCCAGGUCCCGACGGAAACAAUGGCGCUCAGGGCCCUCCUGGCCCACAGGGUGUGCAAGGUGGAAAAGGUGAACAGGGUCCUGCUGGUCCUCCAGGUUUCCAGGGUCUGCCUGGCCCCUCAGGUACAGCCGGCGAGGCUGGCAAGCCAGGAGAAAGGGGUCUGCCCGGUGAAUUUGGUCUCCCCGGUCCUGCCGGUCCAAGAGGAGAGCGUGGUGCCCCCGGGGAGAGUGGUGCUGCUGGUCCUCCCGGCCCUAUUGGGAGCCGAGGUCCUUCUGGACCCCCAGGGCCUGAUGGAAACAAGGGUGAACCUGGUGUGGUUGGUGCUCCAGGCACUGCUGGUGCGUCUGGUCCUGGUGGCCUCCCAGGAGAGAGGGGUGCUGCUGGCAUUCCUGGAGGCAAGGGAGAAAAGGGUGAAACUGGCCUCAGAGGUGAAGUUGGUAACCCUGGCAGAGACGGUGCUCGGGGUGCUCCUGGUGCUGUAGGUGCCCCUGGUCCUGCUGGAGCCACAGGUGACCGGGGUGAAGCUGGUGCUGCUGGCCCUGCUGGCCCUGCUGGUCCUCGGGGUAGUCCUGGUGAACGUGGUGAGGUUGGUCCCGCUGGCCCUAAUGGAUUCGCUGGUCCUGCUGGUGCUGCUGGUCAACCUGGUGCUAAAGGAGAGAAAGGAACCAAGGGACCCAAGGGUGAAAAUGGUGUUGUUGGUCCCGCAGGCCCCGUUGGAGCUGCUGGCCCAUCUGGUCCAAAUGGUCCCCCUGGUCCUGCUGGAGGUCGUGGUGAUGGAGGCCCCCCUGGUAUGACUGGUUUCCCUGGUGCUGCUGGACGGACUGGACCCCCAGGCCCCUCUGGUAUUACUGGCCCUCCUGGUCCCCCUGGUGCUGCCGGUAAAGAAGGGCUUCGUGGUCCUCGUGGUGACCAAGGUCCAGUUGGCCGAACUGGAGAAACAGGUGCAUCUGGCCCCCCUGGCUUUCCUGGAGAGAAGGGUCCCUCUGGAGAGGCUGGUACUGCUGGACCUCCUGGCACCCCAGGUCCUCAGGGUCUUCUUGGUGCUCCUGGCAUUCUGGGCCUUCCCGGCUCCAGAGGUGAACGUGGUCUCCCAGGUGUUGCUGGUGCUUUGGGUGAACCUGGUCCUCUUGGCAUCGCAGGCCCUCCCGGGGCCCGUGGUCCCCCUGGUGCUGUGGGCAGUCCUGGAGUCAACGGAGCUCCUGGUGAAGCCGGUCGUGAUGGCAACCCUGGGAGCGAUGGUCCUCCAGGACGCGACGGUCAGGCUGGACACAAGGGAGAACGCGGUUACCCUGGCAAUGCUGGUCCUGUUGGUGCUGCAGGUGCACCUGGUCCUCAAGGCUCCGUGGGCCCCACUGGCAAACAUGGAAACCGUGGUGAACCUGGCCCUGCUGGUUCUAUUGGUCCCGUCGGUGCUGCUGGUCCAAGAGGCCCUAGUGGUCCACAAGGCAUCCGGGGUGAUAAGGGAGAGCCUGGUGAUAAGGGGCCCAGAGGUCUUCCUGGCAUAAAGGGACACAACGGAUUGCAAGGUCUUCCCGGUCUCGCUGGUCAACAUGGUGAUCAAGGUGCUCCCGGUGCUGUGGGUCCCGCUGGCCCCAGGGGCCCUGCUGGUCCUACCGGCCCUGCUGGCAAAGACGGCCGCUCUGGACAUCCCGGUACAGUUGGACCUGCUGGCCUUCGAGGUUCUCAGGGUAGCCAAGGUCCUGCUGGCCCUCCCGGUCCCCCCGGCCCUCCAGGCCCUCCUGGCUCAAGCGGCGGUGGUUACGACUUCGGUUACGAUGGAGACUUCUACAGGGCUGACCAGCCUCGCUCACCACCUUCUCUCAGACCCAAGGACUAUGAAGUCGAUGCCACUCUGAAGUCUCUGAACAACCAGAUUGAGACCCUCCUCACUCCUGAAGGCUCCCGGAAGAACCCAGCUCGCACCUGCCGCGACCUGAGACUCAGCCACCCAGAGUGGAGCAGUGGUUACUACUGGAUCGAUCCCAACCAAGGAUGCACUAUGGAUGCUAUCAAAGUAUACUGUGAUUUCUCUACUGGCGAAACCUGCAUCCGGGCCCAACCUGAAAACAUCUCCGUCAAGAACUGGUAUAAGAGCUCCAAGGCCAAGAAGCAUGUCUGGUUAGGAGAAACCAUCAAUGGUGGUACCCAGUUUGAAUACAACGUAGAAGGAGUAACCUCCAAGGAGAUGGCUACCCAACUUGCCUUCAUGCGUCUGCUGGCCAAUCAUGCCUCUCAGAACAUCACCUACCACUGCAAGAACAGCAUUGCAUACAUGGAUGAGGAAACCGGCAACUUGAACAAGGCUGUCAUUCUGCAGGGCUCCAAUGAUGUUGAACUUGUUGCCGAGGGCAACAGCAGGUUCACUUACACUGUUCUUGCCGAUGGCUGCACGAAAAAGACAAAUGAAUGGGGAAAGACAAUCAUUGAAUACAAAACAAAUAAGCCAUCUCGUUUGCCCUUCCUUGAUAUUGCACCUUUGGACAUCGGUGGCGCUGACCAAGAAUUCUAUGUGGACGUUGGCCCAGUCUGUUUCAAAUAAGUGAACUCCACCUAAAUUAAAAAAGAAAAGAAAUUUGAAAAAACUUUCUCUCCUUGCCAUUUCUUCUUCUUCUUCCUCUUCUUCUUUUUUAACUGAAAGUUGAAUCCUUCCAUUUCUUCUGCACAUCUUCUUGCUUAAAUUGUGGGCGAAAGAGGAGAAGGAUUGAUCAGAGCAUUGUGCAAUAUGAUUUCAUGAACUCUCUCCCCCAACCCCUAAAAAACAUCUGGAAUUUUUUCCAAAAGUCUUACACCUAAUGUGGGAAAUGUCAACCUUUGUAAGAAAACCAAAAUAAAAAUUGAAAAAUAAAAUAAAAACCAUGUACAUUUGCACCACUUGUGGCUUUUGAAUAUCUUCCACAGAGGGAAGUUUAAAACCCAAACUUCCGAAGGUUUAAACUACCUCAAAAUACUUUCCUGUGAGUGUGCUCCACCUCGUUGGGUG